AACAAAAUAUAUCUAAUGAAGAAUGCAUUGGAAGGAAGUCCAGUUGAGUUCAAGGUUGAUUUCUCCCAGGCAGUCACAGAAGAACUUAUUAGACAACGGGCAGAGCAUAACAACUGUGAAAUCUUUUCCUUGGAAGAGAUUUCAUUACACCAACAAAAUAUAGAGAAACUGGAGCAUAUUGACAAAUGGUGCCGGGAUUUAAAAAUUCUUUAUCUUCAAAACAACUUGAUUCCCAGAAUUGAAAAUGUGAGCAAACUGAAGAAGCUUGAAUAUUUAAAUUUGGCUUUGAACAACAUUGAACAAAUUGAAAAUUUGGAAGGUUGUGAGGAUUUGCAGAAGCUUGAUCUGACAGUUAAUUUCAUUGGAAAAUUGUCCAGUAUUACCAUCUUGAAACACAAUAUACAUCUUAGGGAGCUCUUCCUCACAGGGAACCCUUGCACUGAUUUUGAAGGUUACAGACAGUUUGUGGUUGCCACCCUUCCUCAACUGAAAUUUCUAGAUUGUAGAGAGAUCGGACGCUCCGAGAGGCUUCAGGCUUUACAGAACUAUCCCGAGGUAAAGAAACAGAUCCAAGAACAGGAGCAGGCCUAUCUUCUUAAAAGGAGCAGGGAGAAAGAAGAGGCACUAAGGCAGAAGCAAGAAAAGGAGGAGAAGAAAAAGGAACGUAAUCCUGGAUUUGAUCGAUGGUGGUAUACAGAUAUCAACAGCACUGUCCCCUACUCCACGGAAGAGAAGGAAAACCACAAGGAGGAUGAGGAACGCAACAAAUACCAUAAAUUGUUGACAGAGGAAGAUGACGAAGAAGAGAGAGCUUUUUGGGAGGACCCUGUGCCUUAUACUCCAGAGGCUAGGUUAGAAGCCCACAAAUACGUUGAAGAAAAAAAGAAAGCAAAAGAAAAUAGUGUUCAAAAGAAGAAAGAGAAACCACCGAGGACUUUGAUCACCCCAGAAGGGAGAGUUCUGAAUGUGAAUGAACCCAAACUUCCUUUCUCCUUGAAAGAUGAUGAAGAAAACAAUCAAUUCAUCCUAGAUCUGGCUGUUUACAGACAUCUGGACACCUCUCUGCUUGAUGUUGAUGUCCAGCCUGCUUAUGUUCGAAUAAUGGUCAAGGGAAAGCCAUUUCAGCUUGUGCUCCCUGCAGAGGUGAAACCAGAUAGCAGCACUGCCAGAAGAUCUAAGACAACUGGACACUUAGUUAUCAGCCUACCAAAGGUUAAAGAAAUAAUCAUGGCUAACCCCAAAGUAUCUACUUCAGAGAAGCCCUCUAAUGCCAGUAAACUGCGAACAGACCUAAGAAGGCAGUUACUGGGGCUGGAAAACUCCUAGGCAGAUGGCUUUCCUGGCAUCUAGCAACUUGAGAUUGGCAGCUCAAAAUGCCUGUAGGGGGCUGGCUAGAUCUCUCGCUGCGGCUCUUGCCUCCGCUGGCCAACUGGAAGGUGGCCUUAGCCAGAGUUAUAGUGCACCAAGUAAGCAGAAGCAGCAUCACUUCAGUCUGUGUUUAAGAAAUGCAGCAAGGAACCGGAGAGAGGAGACACGGGUGGCAGAAGUAUGUCCUCGCCUUUUGCUAUUCUUAGACUUCAAGCUGUUCUGAUGAACCAUGAAUAGCACCUGGCUAUUUCCUUUUGGUGUCUUCCAUGCGGUCGUUUCUACCGAUGAAUAGCCCUCCAUAUAGAGGGAACAAGCUAUUGUGCAGCUCCACUGAGAAGCCAUCCAGGGGGAAAAUAUGAAAAACUGCAGCCUCUGCAAGGCUUCGUUUAUUGUUGCAUUUCGCUGUGAGCUGUUUGACUGGGAAGGGGCUCCAGAUGAACAAUCUGUACUUCCAAAUAAAAUUGGGCUGCCAACUAAUUAAGGCAUUUUUUGUUGAGUCAUCAUCUGUUUUUUAACCAGUAAUCAAUUAAAUCUUAUUUCCAAAAAGAGCUGGAAAUGUUAUGAUCCUUAUGGGUGCAUACCUGGAGCAUCUGUUAUGCACUCAUCUGGGCCAGAAGAAGGUACCAGAAGACUUGGGGUGACCUGGAGAUACCCAUUUCCCCCAAAAUCUGAAGGAAAAAACCAUCCUCCAAAACUGCCUAGUUUAGCUCAAUGGAGCGGAAUGUUUGCAGACAAAGGGCACAGCUCAUGGAAUUUAACGGCAAGGUGGGCUCAAACAAAAAGAGCAGGAGAUUUCUCACCUUGAAGAAUACUCCCUCAAGGCAGUCACAAUCCCUUCUGCUUCUACGGGGAGAAAGUGUCUAAAACUCUACAGUUUUCUCAGCAGCCAUUUUGCAUCUUUGUGUUUCUGAAAGGAAAAUGAUUUGUUACAUGUAAGCUCUUGGUGGGGCGGGGGGGUUAACCACCCAUCCCAAUAAUAUAAAAACAACUCUAUGUGUCUCAACUCUCCUAAGGAAUGCAGGGGAAAUCUGUUAAUCUGCUGAUCGUUAUAUGUGCGUAUACUCACACACAUACACACAAUAAACUCACAAAAUUCAUUUUCCUCUUUGCUCACUAAUCCUAAUUCGGAUGUUAUUCAUAUUGUGGCCAAAUAUUGUUAUAUAAUAUGCCAAAUGUGUAUAAAUGUAGUCUGAUUUUAUAUUAUUAUUAUUUUCUUAUUUGUUUUAUAUUGUUGUAUUGCUGGUCUACGACCGAAAUAAAGUUUUCCUUACUUACUUA